UUCUUGGGGCAAGGAAAAAGGCUCGGAAAAGCCCAAGGGCGCUUCCUUUAUAUAUCCGUGAUGAUGUGGCCUCUCUGCGGUCUCUGCUGACUAAAAUGCUAAAAAGCACGCCAACGCGUUGUGGCUCUUAUAAAUUGACGCGGAUUCAUAAAAAGCAGACUCACUCUGCCUUUGGCAUCCGGCGGGACUGGAUCACGAAAGUAGGCUCUCAAGCAUCUGGCAAAGUGGCUCCAUUAAGAUGUUCGUCUCCAAACCAUUAAUUAAGCUCAUCGCGACCGGACUUACACUGGGAAUGUGCAAACCGCUUGGUGAUGACUAUUUCGACAACAGCGAAUCCUAUGAAGAUUUGAGCGCAUCAGACGACACCUCACAAUACAGACCUUCAAGGCAAUGGCCUGCAAGACCAGCUUCUGCGUCUCAGCCCGACAAUAUUUUCUUCCCGCGACCAGUUGACUCGUCGAAUAACCCUUUGACCUCACAGCCCUUCAAUGUCGGAAACAACCCCGAUUUUAGUGACAUUUUCGGAAACGGUGGAAAUGGCAAUCCUGGAUUUCCUCCUCAGAAUCGACCAACACCACCACCACAAACAGGCGGUGGCUCCUCCGGUUGCAGCUGCGUUUCGACUGAAGAGUAUAACCCCGUUUGUGGCUCAGACAAUGUCACUUACUCAAAUCCCAGUAAAUUGACCUGCGCUCUUCGUUGUGGACAACAAACAUCGCAUGCUUAUUAUGGCACGUGCCGCCAGGUGGUGUCAUCAAGAGGAUAAAAAAUAUCAUUUUCUAUAUCGUCCUAUCAGAAUUAACGUCAAGCAAAAUUAUUGGUCAGAGCUUUAAUAUUAAAAAACACCCCUUAUAAUUUACAAAGAUAUGGCUCAACUUUAGUAUUUUGAGUAAUCUCAUUGCAGAGAUUUCUCCUGAAAAAUCCAUAUAUGUGCAUGUCAUUUUCAAAAUGUAUUUAAUUCGAUUUCUUGGUGUGUGUCUAACUGUUUAAAAUUUAGCAAUAACAACUUUACUGUAUGUAGCUUACCUCUAAUUUAUCACAGGAUUUGAAAUUUAUAAAUCACUUUUAAGAUGCCUUUUAGGAUGAAAUAAUAAGGGUAACUUUUUUGGCAGAACACACUAACAAAAUCGUACUGCUAAUGGAAGGGUAAAAAAGGAGUUGGUGGUUAGACUAAGAUUUUGAUAAGCACAUUCUGUUUCAUAAGUGAAGUGUUAAAAACGCAAGUCGUAGCUAUGUGGAAAAAUUCUUUUAAAUUAUAAA